UGCCGGCGCAGCCGCUCGGCACCGAGCGCCAGCGUGGGGGCCGGGCCGCCAGGAUGCUCCGGGCUCCCGAGCCACGGCCAGCGGAGGCAGGCGCGGCCGGCUGCAGACCCCGGGCCGCGCCACCCGCCCCGUCCAAGCCGCUCACCUCCUUCCUCAUCCAGGACAUCCUGCGGGACGGCGCGGAGCGGCACGGAGGCCCAGAGGGCAACCCGCGGCCGCAGCCCCCGCGCCAGCCGGACCCGAGGCGAGACCCUGCGCAGGAGUCCGAAGAAGGAAGGGGCGGCGCCGGGGCGCCCGAGGACCAGCCGAGCGCCCGGCUCCGCGCCGCGCGGAGGGAGGCCGAGCCGCCGGCGGAGACUGAGGCAGAUAGGCACUUGGGGACUUAUCUGUUGGACUGUGAAAACACUCCGGGCACCUUACCGAGCCGGCCCCAGACCCCCAGGCAGCCGCAGAAGCGCUCCCGAGCCGCCUUCUCCCACACUCAGGUCAUUGAGUUAGAGAGGAAGUUCAGCCACCAGAAGUACCUGUCAGCCCCUGAAAGGGCUCACCUGGCCAAGAACCUCAAGCUCACAGAGACCCAAGUGAAAAUAUGGUUCCAGAACAGACGCUACAAGACCAAGCGGAAGCAGCUCACCUCGGACCUGGGGGACCUGGAGAAACAAGCCUCCUUACCAGCUCGGAAAGAGGAAGGCUUCUCGCGGGCCUCCCUCAUCUCUGUGCAUAACACCUACCCUUACUACCCCUACCUUUACUGCUUGGGAGGCUGGAGCCCAGCUCUCUGGUAACACCAGUGCAGACAACUACCCGUGAUCCAAAACUGCCUUUCCCAGGUGGUCCCUCUGGAAGGAAAGGGGCCAGGGUCAGGGAGGCCCAGGCAGCAAGAGGCGUGCAGACCAAAACUGUGGGAGGUUUGCAUGAAAAUCCGAGAUUCUUCACUGACGGGCCAAUGAAAGAUCUGGGACAGGGAAUAAUUUAAUAUCCAAAUAGUUCCCCCAACGCAGAACGAGGUCGUUUUUGCUUUUACAGACCUGCUUGAAGUGGGGAGGGACAAAGCCAAGUGCAGUUUCCAGCACUUCGGGUGAUUCUGUAUGAGCUGAUGGGAUGUGUGAGGUGAUGUCCGCUUCACUUCUGAGGGUUCUGCUGCUCCAGCUCCAUCCUCUCGUGUGGCUGAGCAUCCAUUCACAAGAGCAAACGUGAAGGCAGUGGGGGUAGGGGGGACGGCUAAGGGUGAGGAUGUCACCUACUGAAUUAAGCUGAAGGUCAGAAGUCUCUCGUUGGCCUUGGACUAUAACCAAGGUUUCUCUCUGUCCCUGGAAGAGAGAGGGAAAUAGAGGACUCCAGAGAGAAGCCUGUGGUCCGUGCUCAGCAGAUUGGCACAGGAUAUGGAGAUGGGUAGGAAGAGGUGAGAUAUAAGCUUCUUAUUCCUUUCUAAAUAAUCUGCCAACUGAAGUAUUUACAGGGUGGCCCAAGUAGAACAAGAAGGACUCACUGUGGUUUUAAGACAAGCUGUACAAACAGAACUCUCCUGCAAGAGGUGGGCCCAGGCCAGCAGAGUCUCCUCAUGUCCAAGACAGUGGCCCGAGGACUCUCCACACUGCUGCUGGGGGCAUUGCAUUUUUUAUCAGCAAAAGGUAAAAAAAAAGCCUUUUCUGGACCUUUUUGCUCUGGGCCUGAGAAUUUAGAAUGAGAAAGUUCCUGGCGUUGUCAGGCUAUAACUCAUACUACACCAUGACAGAUCACCAAAUUCUUUAAGCUCCAUCCUCCUCUCCUUUUAUUAUUAUUAUUAUUAUUAUUUUUUUUUUUUUUGGUCCCCUUUCCCUAGCAAUCACCCACGGAAGGGCUUUGUUUCAGUCCAGACUUUUUGUCUGGCUGCACCUAACAUAUAACGCCUUCCUUAUUUAGCCUGAGAUCUGGGCUUUUUUGCUUUUUUUCUUUUUUUCCCCCAAAGCUUUCUCUCUCCUGGGUUUAAAAAAAAAAAAAAAGUGGCAUUGGGGGAGUGGAUUCUGCAUUGGCCAAAAGACAUGUGUUUUGUUUUUUUUUUUUUUUU